ACGUGCAUUUGUAAUUCUCAAGUAUAUAAAUAAAUCGUCAGCUGUUUUCAUCCGACCAGGACAUUAGGACAAAUAUGGCGUACUUGAAACUCGGACUAUGUUUGUGUUUACUUGGGCUUACCAAUGCCCUUGGUGGUCGUAGGGUAGGGGGUAUUUCUCAGGAUGCCCGCCCCGUGGAUCAAGAGAUCAGAGAAUUAGUUGAUAGAGUGAAAGGGGAUAUACUGACACAGCUUCCUUCCAAUGAGGAAAGAAGUAUGUUUGAGCCAAUUUCCUAUAAAACCCAAUUGGUAAAUGGAGUCAACUAUUUUGUUAAGAUCCAGACAGGUGUUAACAGUUACAUCCAUGUCAAAAUAUACAGCAACUUUAGGAAAACAGAUGUUUCCCUUACUGGUUUAGAAGUAGGAAAAACUGCCGAGGAUCCAAUCAAUUAUAUCUAGUCUGGUUGAUACUGAAUAUUCAGAGUCACAAAAUCUCUCUUUUUCAUAGCAAACUGUUUUAUGGAUUAUUUUGCCUCCUCUAAGUUUAACUUUUGUGUUGUGUUAUUUUUCUGAUUUCUUUGAUACAUGUGAAAAAUCAAAACAAGAAAAAAAACGACAGGACGCAGAUAACUUUGUACUCAAAAAAGAAAUUUUUAACAUAGAAAUCAAAAUGACUGUGUUUCCAAAUAUUCAAAUGUUAAAGACAUGAAAAUAUAAAAUAAAUAAUUUUUUUGUUUACAAGAAGAACAA